AUGCUCUCCUUGACAACGCGACGUUUGACUUGCUGGCUCAUUGUGGCUCUUGCCAUCUUUGCAAAAGUGUCAGAUGCACUGUACUUUUACUUGGAAGGUGCCGAAAAAAAGUGCUUCUUGGAGGAAUUGCCCAAAGAAACCAUGGUGACUGGUAUCUACAAGGCCGAACAGUUUUCAACUACACAGAACCAAUGGAUCGUCAACCCUGAAGCUCGUAUUCAAAUCACAGUGGAGGAGCUUCCUCAAGAACACGUCGUCGUCAAUCGACAAGAUUCACCUUCUGGACGAUUCACAUUCACUUCCGCUGAAUCAGGCGAUCAUUCCAUAUGCUUGUCGGUGGCUAGCACAUCAUGGUUUGACUCUACAAAAACGCGAAUGACAUUUGAUAUGGACUUUGAUGAUCCAGCUGGCGAUCAACAUGAUCACACUGAAACUUUAUCUGAUAUGGCAAAACGUAUCCAUGAUUUGAAUGAACGUGUGCAAGACAUUCGACGUGAACAAGCUGCUCAAAGGGAACGUGAAGCUGAAUUCCGUGAUCAAUCCGAGCUGACCAAUUCUCGCGUUGUUUGGUGGACAAUUACGCAACUUGCAGUCUUGGGUGGGAUUUGUGUAUGGCAGAUGCGUCAUUACAAGAGCUUUUUCGUCGCCAAGAAACUUGUAUAA